UACCGCAACCGAGCACAAAUAAGGGAAAUGAAAAGGAAAGUUGUGAUAUUUGUACAGGAGCAAAUAUUUAUUUCUCUCUCACAAACGGUCAUUUUAGAGUAGCGACUGACUCUGUGAUCGCAACAAAAUUAGUUAGCUACAGCUUGUAUGGUAUUCCUCUGCCCCUCACUGAGGGCGGUUGUAUUGAAUGGAGGAAAAAUACAAGAAGAUUCUCCAGCGCAAUAGGAUCAAUCUCGUGAGAGACUUGGACCCAUCAAAACUGUAUGAUGGCCUCCUUGAAAAAGAAGUUUUCACCCAAGACAUGAUCGACGAGAUAAAGAGCUCUGGCACCAGACGUGACCAGGCCAGACAGUUAGUCCGGGACUUGGAGACCCGCGGGAGUCGAGCCUUUCCAUUAUUUCUGGAGUGCCUUCAGGAGACAGGUCAGCACAGUUUGGCGGAUCUCCUGCAGAAUGAAGCUCCCACAAUUCAGCUACAGCCUGCAACACCCACUCAGGUUGUUCGCCCUGUUGUCCAGCCUCUCCCAGUUUCUUCUCCGAUGGAUGUGGAUAAGCAAAGAAAAUAUGAUGUCCCUGUCUAUCCAGUACAGAGGCCCAGUACUACUCCCAGUCCAUCACCAGAAAGGGAGUACAUUAGACCAAGAAUAGCAGGCAGGACCAGACGGGAUAGUAUUCAGAGCUAUAAAAUGGACUCCAGCCCAUGCGGGCAUUGCCUCAUCAUAAACAACGUGGAGUUUGAACCUCAGAGCGAGCUGAACAAUCGCAAAGGCUCCAACAUAGACUGUGACAAGCUGGAGAGCAGAUUCCAGGCGCUCAACUUCAUUGUGGAGGUGAAGACAAACCUGAAACAAAGACAAAUCAAGCAUGCGCUCUCAGCUUUAUCGAAGAAGGACCAUUCACAAUAUGACUGCUGCGUGGUCAUCAUGCUGUCCCAUGGGACUGAGGUGAGCCACAACCGCUUCCCUGGUGCCGUGUACGGCGUGGACGGACAGCAUGUCCCAGUUCAGUAUAUCACAAACUACCUCAAUGGCCAGCAUUGUCCCUCUUUACAGGGCAAACCCAAACUUUUCUUCAUCCAGGCUUGUGGAGGAGGUGAAAGAGACACCGGCUUUGAGGUGUCCCCUGAUGAGGUCGAACCAUCCAUCGGUGGAGAAGAUGAUCAGACGGACGCCAUCCCGAUGUCAUCCAGCAGCGACUCUCUGAGCAUGUCCGAUGAACCGGACGCCAGAGCGACUUUGCCAACCCCGAGUGACAUUCUGGUGUCCUACUCUACUUUUCCCGGAUACGUUUCUUGGAGAGACACCCAGUCGGGCUCCUGGUACGUCGAGACACUGGACCGUAUUCUUGAGGAAAAUGCUGCUACCGAUGACUUGGUCACCAUGUUGAUGAUGGUUAACCAUGAAGUUUCCCAAAACUCUGCAAAAGGGCUCUACAAGCAAAUGCCUGGUUCAUUUAACUUCCUUCGCAAACUUCUCUACUUUCAAAGCCAAGCAUAGCGGAGAACUUCAGCUUAACACUUCUGCGUUCAACUUUCAUGCAAUUUCAGUCUAUUUUAAUGCCGUAAGGCAUGAUUGUAAUUUCUUUUGAUUAUGUUAUAUUUGAUUAUGAUAUUAAGAGUUGCAAAGUCAAUGAAUUUGCCACAUUGUGGUUGUACAUUUACUGACACAAUCAUGUCUGUUUGUUUGUCAUGUCUUGCUGUAUUUUUAAUAGUUGGUAACUUUUCUAAAUAUACCUAUUGGGAGUAGGUUCUAUCUUGUAAAGAAAAUCUAUAAAAAAAAUAUGUUAAAAUGUGGUUCAGGUUACUUUUUUUAUAUAAUUGGUGUCUUAUCAAAACGUAGCAGAUGUCAGUGUUCAAAAGUAGACAGUGGAAAAUUGAUGAUUACUUUUAUUUCAAGUCUCUUUAAUACACUGAUUUUGUUAACAAAAUGGCAAUUUUGUGGAGGUUAUUUUGUGAAAGUGGAGUUAGAGGUGAGGAAAGACUUUCCAUUAACUAGAUAGUUGGGAAGUAUUGACACACAGCUACUAUACUCUCCACCCUCACGUAAAUCUCAACCCACCAGCGGUGUUAGUGGUACAUCUCUCUGAAAGGCGGACGGAAAUUCUACAUAUUAUAUGACAUUAUGUUUUCAGCAUUAACAUACAUCCUGUAGUCAUCAUACAUAAGCGUGCUAGUGUUGCUGUGUGUGCUACCACUGAGUUAAAUUAUGUGAGGCUGCAAGUGAUCCAGUAGGUUGUGUUUGUGAGUCACAGAAGACUUGAGACCUCACAAACACCUUCAGUGUGUCUUUUAGUUUCCUCCACUGCCACCAGUGGUCGCCAUUAAAUUAGAUUUGCUGGUAUUUCAUUUGUAUGGCCACUGCCUCAGGUUAACACAGCCAUUGUGUUGCUUUAUUGUUAUGUCACUCGACCUACAGAAUAAGAGACACUUCAAAUAAAUGUCAGAUGGAAAAUAACUUUAAAUGAAGUGUUUUGGAAAUUACUUUUAGCCAUGCCGCUAGCAUGGCCCUCAGGACGGCAGCGUCGAUCUGUCAGUCCGCCACUUUGGUCCAGUCUGAAAAAUCUCAUGGUUAGAUUGCCGUGAAAGUUGGUUAAGUCAUUCAUGGCCCGCAGAGGAUGAAGUCUACUGAGUCUGGCCCCCAUGAGGUUUAUAUCUGCGGCUUUUGGAUUUCAAUGAAGUUUGGCACAAUUAUACAGAGUGCCCAAAGGAUGAAGCCUAAUGUCUUGUCCAUAUAAAUAAAUUCUGGUUUGUCAAACA